CAUGAAUAAUCGACUUUAUGAUUCUAAUAAGAAAGCUAGCCAGAAAAAUAAAAUCUUUUGAAUAAUUAGAAUUAAGGUAUAUUGAAAUUUAUAAAUGUCAUAUAAACAGAAUAAUUGUAAAAUUAUAAUAUGAAAUUAUAAAUCUAUUAUAAAAAUUAAGCGUCACAUCAAUUAUAAAAUUACUCGAAAUAAAAAAAGUAAAAUGUUACGACCUAUUUGAUAGCAUGCCUCAGAGUCGGAUACAAUUAUCAAUCUGGUACAAAAAGAAAAGAGAAUGGUCAAGAUAUUGUAGGUAUUAAAAUGUCUUGUCGUUUAAAGCUCGGACGAGAAAGUGUCCGCAAGGUAUAAAUAUUACUACAAGCCGUCAAUUCAAACUUCAGUUAGUUCAGUCUAGUGCCUCAGUUAAUCCACGAGCACAUCGUCAUGGGACGUUUGGUUCGUAAUGAUAAUUUUUUAAGCAAAUUUUACUAACGAGCAAAGUGUCAACUAAUACAAUUGUUUACAUGAAAACGUCACUAUAAUAAUUUUUUAUUUAUUAUUUUCAUACUCAGAGUUGAUACUUUGAAAACGCUAAAUAUUUUAAAAAAAGUAAACGAUGGUUCAUGUCUCGAAACAGUGGCUCGCAACAUGGGCUGUAUUGCUCUACAGUUCUGUAGCAUUCGCGGGUUACUCCACUAACAAAAAAGACUUGGAGCGCGCAGCUGAACUCGCAGUCGAGCGAGCCGCUGAAAAGGCUGCCGAGCGUGCGGUAGAAAAGGCAUUGAAUUCCGGGAAUUCAUCUACCAUCACAGUAACCGUAAAAGAAGCCUACGAGAAUACCAAGAAAACAGCCGAAGAAGCUGCCGCACCAGGUUCCGAGUCAACACGACCGCAUAAUCCGCAAAUGUACGACCGUCAGUAUGCUUAUACGCCACCGGUAGACGGCGAUUACAAAGUUAGCGACUCGGCUGAAGCGGAAGAACUCGGGGUAUCCAAAGAGUCAUUGAAUUCGAGUGUCGAAGACUUGGGAUCAGCAGAGGUUACCGAAGGAUCUGCUGACAAGGAACCCGAGGAAGAAGUUGACGUUGAUCUACCACUGGAGCUCGCAAGUUUUGAGAGUGUUAAAGAAAAUGCUGACGAAACAACGGACUCAUCGGGAAAAGAUUUCGAUGUUUCUCUCGGAAUAGAUUUCGGUCUCGAUUUUGGUAGUUUAGACAUGAGUGGUGAUUUUGGAUCGAAGAGUAGCGCCUCCAGCAAAACCGAAACGUAUUCAACGUCGGUUUCAAAAGAUAACGGAUCAAAUCCAGUGGAUGUCAGCGAGGACGAAGACGCGGAAGUCUUUGGAAUGUACGCCUCAGAUUUUGAAGGAUCUGGGUGGUCGAGUAAAAAGCAGAAAGGUUGGGUGAGACAUAGACCACUCUGGGAUGACACUAAAAGUCGGGUAAGUCGGGGAAGCUUAUGGGAUGAUAUAAUGAAAACGGACAAAGCCGACGAGAAAAAACGAGAUAAAAAGUCAUCUGACAAACCGAAGCCGAAACUUUUCAAGCGCAAUGCUGGUGAUUUCGAGGCUGCCGAGAGUGGUACCAAUCAAGUUGCUGUGCCCUUGGCUUCGCUCUCGCUGGAUCCCAAGGCACCUGCAUUGCUCUAUCAGUUACUUCAAAAAGAACUGAAAUAUUCCAGCAGCAACUACAGCAUCAAAUCACCCAUACCAAUGAGACUUUAUGUGACCGUUCCGGUGCCGUAUUUACGAGCAAACAAUCACGAUAAUGACAAGGAAGUUACGCAUAUUACACCUAGACCAUACAGAACGACUAUUGCACCAAAAGAAAUCAACGACGAGAUUGACGACCAAGGAGCAACCGAGACGAAAAAGCCAGCGAAAAGGUCAAACAAUUUUGGAUCCCGAAACAACUUGCCUCUUGUUAAUAGAAAUAAUAAUUCCCAGAAUAAUUAUCAAUCACGAAGAGAACAAUACAAUCGCUCGUUAGUUCAAAUAACAAAGCAUAAGGUCGAACUGAAGAGUUCUACGACUAAACCGAUCCUCGAAACCGCACGUAUAAAACAAAAUUCGUGAGAAUACUUUUAAUCUUGUGUACUUACGAGACUUAUCAAAAUACUUGCAUGUAUUCUUAAAGGAAAAAAAAAGAUAAUUUUCAAUUUCUCGCUUUGUUUCACUAAUCUAUACUGCCAUCGUCAAUCGCCGAA